AUGUUGUCGUUCGCGAGGGAUAACACCGGCAAGAUGGCGUUGAGCGGCGGGCAGCUAGGAGGCUUAUUCGAUCACCACGUCCAAAGGGCUGUAUGCGACUCGCGGGCCAAGUAUCGAGAGGGGCGCCGCCCUCGCGCUGUCAGGGUUUACACGAUCAAUUUGGAAUCUCGGUACUUAUUAAUACAAGGAGUUCCUGCAGUCGGAGCCAUGAAGGAAUUAGUUGAGCGAUUUGCUUUGUAUGGUGCAAUUGAACAGUAUAAUGCUCUAGAUGAAUACCCAGCAGAAGACUUUACAGAAGUUUAUCUUAUUAAAUUUCUCAAUUUACAAAGUGCAAGGAUAGCCAAGAGAAAAAUGGAUGAACAGAGUUUCUUUGGUGGAUUGCUUCAUGUGUGCUAUGCUCCAGAAUUUGAGACAGUUGAAGAAACCAGAAAAAAAUUACAGGAGAGGAAUGCCUAUAUAGCAAGAACUACUAAGAAUAAAGAUCAUUACAUGACAAAGAAGAAACUGGAUACAGCGCAUAAACAUGAAAGAGAUUUUAGACAGGACUUCCAUUCGAAGACAUCUGGAUUUUCUGCGGCCACUUUGAACACUUCCACUGGGAACUCAGAUCUUUGUCUUCCUUAUUCUUGUGAGUUGCCUUUGUGUUUUUUCUCCCCAAAAUGUAUGUGUUCAUCGGGAACACAUGUGGACAGAGCAUCAGACUCCUGUCAGGAGGGUAGAAACUGUGAUGGAACACUAGAGCUCUGUAACCGCAAUGACGCUCUGCAGAAAAUGCAGGUGAAAACUUGUAAAAAUUCAUUGGGUUGCCCUGGGGCGCAGAAGGCUGUUACUUCUUCAGAGGCCGUAGACAGAUUUAUGCCAAGGACAACACAACUGCAGGAGCGGAAAAGGAGACGAGAAGAUGAUCGUAAACUUGGAGCUUUCCUUGAAGCCAGCACAAGUAGUAACGAGGUUAUGAUUGGGCCUCUGUUACCAGACAUACCUAAAGUGGACAUGCAUGAUGACUCAUUGAAUACAACAGCGAAUUUAAUUCGGAAUAAACUUAAAGAGGUAAUUUCAUCUGUGCCAAAGCCUCCAGAGAACAAGCUGGAAGAUGUGCAUAGAAGUCAUCCUUUAAAACAAAGGAGAAGAAUAUAAAUUGCCUGCAGCAAAUUAAUAUUUUUAGAGGACUAUUUUUUAUUUUUAGGCUGUCAUUUUAAUUUUUGGAGAUUUUACUACUGGUAUUUUUUUUUAAAUGCACCCCCCUUUAAGCUACUUGUCUAAAAUAGUUUCAUCUAAGCUAUAGUUUCAUUUAAGCUACUUAACUAAAAUAGUUUCAUCUUUUAAAAUUAGUUUAUCAUGGGCAAAAUACAUAAUAGCCAGUUAUAUCCCUUACAAAAUAAUAAUAAUAUUAAUAAUAACAAUAAUAGAACUUUUCCAGAAGCUCCAACCAGUGACUGUGCUUACAUCUUAUUGGCUAGAAUUGGGCCCAUGGCUGUCCCUGAGAAGUUUCCAACUUCUGUGGUUGAGAAAGCAAGAAAAAAGAGGGUUGUGAAUGGCUAAUUAGCCAAUAUUUAUACCUAUAUAGCUAAUUGCCAAUAUCUGCACCAAGAUCCAAGGUGGCUGGCUGACUUAACAAACCAAUAAAUAAAAUUAGUUUAUCAUUACUUAUUAUACGUUAUUUUGAGCCAUAUUUUUUUUCCUUUUUUUUUUUUUUUUGGCCACCUGGCAGCAUAUGCACUUACCAGGCCAGGGAUCAGAUCUGAGACGCAAUUGCAACCUAUGUCACAGCUGAGGCAAUGCUGUAUCCUAAACCCACUGUGCUGGGCACAGAUCAAACCUGCGCUCCAGAGAUGCCAAUGAUCUUCCUGCGCCACAGCAGGAACUCCCCAGCCGUACUUAGUAUCACUGAAGCCAUUCUCACAACAUUACCUCUCACUGCAAUCACUGUAUGUAAAUUAAAUGAAGCAAAUACUGAAACUUUACCAUAUAAAGAUAAGCAACCAAGAUCUGUUUCUGAUUUUAAUAAUUUUGAGUGAUUUACAUUCAAACACUAGGAGUAAGGAUGUGUUGGAAUGCCAGAGCUUCAAAAUGAAGACAGUUCUGUAAGACAAAAAAGAAACUAUUAGAACAAAGCUGAAUUAGAAGCUUAUGUGCUUUAGUUAACUUUGAAGAAUAAUUGACUUCAUCUGUGGCAGAAACAAAUCAGUAUCUGUAAAUACUAGUCUUUUACUGCUACUUUUAGCACACCCUUUUUUUUCCUGUCCGUGGACCCCAUAAUUGGAAAUCUAAGUAUGUCCAGGCUAUCUCCAUUUUUUUCUUUUUAACUGAUAACCACCACCUGAGAAGGGCCAUACCAAAUGGUGUUGUCUGUUUUCUUUUCUCCCUAUCCUAAAGGCCUCUUGCCUAAUUGAUUGAAUUGCAACAUAAAGGUUAAGAAAGUUCACCUUCAGUUAUGACUUACUGAUUCAGACUUGCUAGGAUGGCACCGAGUGGUGGAUGGUAUUAAAAAAGGAGGCAAGGGUUUUGACCCUGUUUCCUUGUGAGGUAAUUAGACAGUGGCCCCUUGAGCAAUCUGUGUGUUAGAGUUGCCAACCUUCCACACAGUCAGAAAGCCAUAAUAACUUUACAGUCUGCCCUCUGUAUCUGCUGUUUUGUAUCCUCAGAUUCAACCAACCAUGGAUUGUGUAGUACUGUGAUAUGUAUUUGAACCCUCACAGUUCAAACUCAUGCUGUUCAAGGGUUAACUAGUUUUUGCUGCACUCUCAGUUCAAAGAUAUAUUAGAGACCUCAGCGUAGAAUUGGAAAGAGCAAGUUGCUCUCUGGAUCAGGCUUCUCAGACUUCAAGUGCUUUGAAUCUCUACCUUGGAGUCUUAAUAAAAUGCAGAUUUUCAUGGUGAUGGUAGCCAGAGGUUGGCAGCUGUCAGAAAUGGAGAGUUGUUAAAUGGAUAUCCCCCAGUUUGUUUUGCAAGAUAAAAAGUUCUAGAAAUUGGUUGCACAGUAACAUGAAUGUACUUCACCCUCUGAACUGUACACUUAAGAAGGUCAAUUUUAUGAGAGGUUUAUUUUACCACAAUUAAAAAAUUUCUUGGAGUUCCCGUCA